UCGACGACGCGACUCGACUCGCCUCUGCACGACGACCAAUCUGCGCCUGUCCAUCUUGUAGCGCCUGCCCUGUCGCCAUUCUUCUUGGGGCUUGGCAUACCUUUCCACCGCGAUCCUAAUCGGCUAUUCCAACUGUCGACAUUCCUGUCUCGAACGCCAAGCUAGGCUUCUAACGAGACGUCAUCAGGCCCGCCUAGUUCGCCGAAUGUGAUGAUUGACAGAAAGAUUGUUAUAUCUUCCUGCAUGCCAUAGCCCAACACGGCCCUCGGGCAUGUCCUGUUUCCGAUGGUCAAGCGCCCGCGACUCCCCUUUCGCAUCCCCUUCUUCCGCAUCUUCUACAGCACCACUUAUACCACCCUCUUCCUCCUCAUUCUCAUCUUACUGGCCAUUACUCCGGCAACCCUCAUCUAUACCGCCCUUCGCGCCAGCGCCUUUCAAUAUGUCUUCGAGGUCGGCGGUAUCUAUGUUCUUGUCGCCAUCUUUACCCUCUUCAUCUACUCGAGUAGACUUUACACCAACCGCUCGGUUCUCGCCGCCGUCGGCAAGUCCUGGAUCCCCGUACAGCCCGGCGAGGUCAGCAAAAAGGUCCGCAAAGAAGUCGUCAAGGCCGCUAACAGGAGUGCCUUGAUCGCCUACGAAACAAAGCCGAGGAAUCUGCACCCAGAUCUUGCUCGUCUCAAGAAAGACGACAAUGACUUUCAUCAUGCCGAACCCACCACUGUCGGCAAGAUAGUUCACGUCGACCCACAACAUCCUCCUUGGGGACGAGUCUCUCACGCUGGCUGGUCUUCACCCUCGCAAUUAGAUGCCCAUCUUGCCCCUCAUGUCCACUUUCGCACUGUCGUCAUGGAGCUGCCCAACCUUGUCGAAGCCCGUGCCGUCUCACUAGCUCCUCCCGAUUCCUCCUUCGACCCCCAAACACGAGACGGGACCGCCACUCCCGACCGACAGGUCGUACACUUGCUCUCCAGGAAGCCGACAGCAGACAUGCGAUCAUACCUGGCUCAACUGUCUGGCCUCGGUCUCAUACCGCCAGAGGCCGGUCAAGAUUUCGUCCAGCGCUACGAGCACGCCCGCUUCUCGCCCAUCCCAAUCAACGAAGACGACUUCGAGGACCUCAUGUCCGCCUUUGCAAUCUUGCUCGCCAACUUGAAUCAGCUUCCGCCACGACUCAUCGACUUGGCUCACUCCUCUAGCUCCGAUUUUACUUCCGACUCAUCCAGUCUAUCUUCCAUUUCUUCCCGCAGUGACAGCAUCUCUUCUUCUAUUGCCGGCUCUGUCUUCCGCGCUCGCACACCCGGGUCGCGUCUACCAUCCUUCUAUACCCCUCGCGCUUCAUUAUCUGUAGCACGUACACCCUCGCCGACUGCCCGUCGUAUCGUACCUCUAUCAACACCUCGGCCGCUCACCACUCAGACUGGAAAUACCAUCUAUCGCACGCCUUCUCAACAAACCAUGUCAACCAUGCAUUCGGUACGCAGAACAUUACCGAGAGGUCCACACGGCAUGGUUGACGAUAAUGGCUCUCCUGCGGCUAGUCUCCAUAGACUGGAGAGCUACGAAAGCCAGCAGAGUGUCAUCCGCACACCAUUCCGCUCGAGCUCUGGAGGCUCGUACUAUGGUUGAGAUCCUGUUCAUUUGUCUUCUACCUUCUAUACUAUACCCCUUCUUUCUACAUUAAUGAGAAUAAAAAUGUUUAAUGCCUUCACC